GGAGUGAUGAAGUACCGAAGCACACGAGGAAAGGUAGAAGCUACAUCAUUUGAAGAUGUGCUUUUCAGCGGUUAUGCCGGUGAUGGUGGAUUGUUUAUGCCGGAGAGUAUUCCAGUUGUUGAUAGGGCCACCCUUGAGAAGUGGAGAGGACAUUCAUAUUUGGAGCUAACUAAGGAGGUGAUGUCUCUGUUUAUUCCUCCUGAGGAAAUCACUACUGAAGACUUGAAUGGUAAGCUUCUUUGUUGAUGAAAAUCUGAUCAUUAUGAGAUUCUGAGAAACUUCCUGACCUACCCCUCCCCUAACUGAAUGUUGACAGUUAAAUUCUCUCUUAGGGCAAAAUGUUGUGUUAGGGGAUGGGUAGGUGGACAGUUCCUCUUAGGAAAUAUUAAACUGAUCCAAACCAAGAAUGGAAAAAAUGUGUAAAACAGCUGCCAUUAGGGUGCUCUUGUCUGUUACCUGAGAAAACGGCCAAUAUUUUGCAAUACCUUCACUGUUUUCCUCAUGAAAUGAUGUCUGAGGAAUGAGAGCACAAAUUCCAUACUGAUGACAUGUCACUACCCUGAUCUGGUUAAAGAUAGUCAUCAGUGUGGAGUUUCUGCACUCGUUAGUCACACAUCAUUUAAUGGGGAAACCAGUAAUUGUGUUGAAAAGCUGUUGUCGCAGGCUAUCAAGCUCUUGCUACUUAGUUUUGAGUCCUAAUGUACUCCUAGGAUAGUAAUAAUAAUGAUGAUAAGUAAUGGUAAUGGGACUGAGUGGAGUCCAAUUCGGUGUGUAUUCAUACGAGUGAUUAAAAAAAUUGGACGACCGCAUAGCGGGAGUCCGAUUUGUUUAAUCACGAGUAUGAUUACAGACCGAAUUGGACAACAUGAAGUUCUGUUACCAAUUAAUCAUAACUUUAACAAAAUUUGCGAUCCAAUAGGCUAUUUUUUAAAUCAAAACAUCAGAAAUUCGAAAUUUUGUUUUGCCAGCAGUGAAAAAAAAAGCCAUUUAAGCGUGCGCGUGAUGGUGCGUACUGUCCAAUUACUUAGGCAUGAUGCGUACUGUCCUAUUAAACUGUCCAAUUAAGGUUGAAAUCAGGGCAGUUGAUAGCCAAUCAGAUUUGACAAUUUUGUUAUAGUUAUGAUUAUAAUAAUAAUAAUAAUAAUAAUAAUAAUUAUAAUAAUAGUAACUUAUAUAGCGCUAUUCAGCUACUCUUUCAUAGCACUUAGGGUGAUAGGGUGCAAAGAAAGUCUUGGACAAAUGUUGGAUUGCCGUUGCUACGAGCAACAUUCACAUGAAAACCAGUCAAGAACAGAAAUAAGAAGCGAACCAUUCAUAUGAGCUGUUUUCAUCUUAGAUAAGAUAUGCUCGUAUAAAUGGUACAGUUUGCAUCUUAUUUAAGACUUGUCUUAUUUUUCCUUGUGUAAAUGGCCCUAUGGUAACAAGCCUGAAAACUUUUUUUCGAUGAGCAGGAUUGAUUACAGUUCUUCUGUGAUUUGAAUUCCAUUUUAAGAACAUAAUUCAGUAGCCUGAUAGGAAAAUCUGCUAGCCUUAAGCCUGGUUCUCAUAUGCUGCCGAUGCACUUGCUACAUGGCCGCCAGUGCCGUUAUGAUAUGAGAACAGAAGUGGCCGGCAACAUUGAUCAUUCCAGUCUUUUCCGCCUGCAUGCCUGCAAAGUUGACUUGAGUUCAACCUCGCAGGCAUGCUGGCGGUAAAGCGCUGUGGUGGCUCUAGUUGCUGGCAGCGCAUGUUCUCAUUUGUCCGAGAAGCCCAAGCAGUACCAGCGGCUACGUCACAGGUACAUCGGUGGUAUAUGAGAACCAGGCCUUAGGCUAUCAGACAUGCCUUUCUUUGCAUGCUGACAGUACUUAUAUGCUGGGUUACCUCUUAGAGUAGGCACAAGUGUGUAAGCCCAAAGGUGUGCAAUAUAAAUUAUUAAACUAGCCCCCUGAGCAAGUGCACGUGGUUACAGUUCUUAUCCUUAACAACAACAACAGCAUUUAUAUUUGUACUGCAAGUUGAGCAAAUAAGAAAAAAUUAUACAUGGUAUAGAAUUAAAAAUACCACACAGUAAUGGAACACCAACAAUAACUACAGCUGCACGAAGCUAAUCUAGGUGGUGACAGUUAUUUAUGAAAUCCCAAAACUAAUUUGAAAGAGCAAAGCAUAUUUGCUUGGGUGAUCAUUUUAUUAGAUCUCAUAACGUUUUCCUUGAUGUUGUAUUGAUUUUGUUCUGAGAAAAUUGACAUUAGUCACUCUUUGGAGUUAAAGGGUUUAAUGAAUAAGCACUUUAAACCCAUUCUUUUAUCCACGGCAUGUACAUGCCUAUAGAGCUUAUUAUGAUAUAACUACACUGUAUGCUAUCUAUUUAUCUCAUGUUGCUGUUUGCAGACUUGAUCAACAAAGCAUUCUCAGAAUUUGGACACAAAGACCUUCUUUCCAUAGCAAAAGUCAACAAUUUUCAUGUGCUGGAACUAUUUCAUGGCAAAACUCUUGCAUUUAAAGACUACGCUCUUGUAAGUGUUGGCAUGUUCAUGGAUGUUUUUCUGAAGAAAAAGAAGAAAAACACAAUUGUUCUUGUGGGAACUUCUGGAGACACUGGUAGUGCAGCCAUAGAAAGUGUACGCAGAUCAGAAUGGAUUGACAUCAUUGUGCUGUUUCCUAAAGGACGCGCCAAUCAGAUACAAGAGCUGCAGAUGACAACAGUAACGGAUUCGAAUGUUCAUGUGUUUAGCACGGAGGGGACGUCAGAUGAUCUCGAUAAACCUAUCAAGAAUUGUUUUUCUGAUCAUGAAUAUGCAGAGACCAAUAAUCUAUCUUCAAUUAAUUCAAUAAACUGGUGUCGCAUUAUGGCACAGCUUGUGCAUAUUUUCUAUGCUUACUUUCAAGUCUGUCAAGAAGUUGGCGAUACUGUGAAGUUUAUUAUACCAACAGGGGCCCUUGGACAUUGUACAGGUAAAUAAUUCUUUCAAAUAGUGUAACUCAGGGGUGUUGCUAAGAGCUGGCUGCCAGCUGAAUAAGACCUUAUCACUGGUUUAAAUUGAUCUUGAAAAGAAAAACUUGGGGUAAUGUUGAAGGUGUGGUUGAGUAAGAAAAUUGUCUUCACUUAUAACAAAGCCUGCUUAGCUUUUCGUUAGCUACAUCCCUAUCCCAAAUUUGACUUUUUGUGUCAUCACACUUCUUUAUUCUAUUGAACACAAAUACUAAAAUACUAAAGAUCUGAGUUUUUGUACUCUGUGCUUCAGACUAAAUGGCCAUUAAAUUAGGUCUAUCAGGGUUUGCGCAGUCUUGAAGAGUCCUUAAAUAUCUAUGCUACUCCUUAAAAAGUCCUUGAAAUUUCUUCAACUUUGAAUGUAGCUGGCAGCGUGGAAAUUGUUUUUGAAUGCUUUUUAGUUGUCCAAGACAGAAUAAAUCAUAGCCCAGAUAAGUUAUAGGUGAUUUAAAUAAAGUGUUUUGUGUUUUUAUGGAAGAAUUAACUAUCAAUGUAAGACAAGUGAACUGAACGAUGUAGAGAAACUGGUAGAGCAAACAUGUACAGUUCAAGUCCGGUUAGCUUGGACUGGGAAUGUACAGUUUUAUACAAAUCUGAGAUUUACUUUCCUGGUAGGUGGUCCUUGAAAAUCGAAUGUGGUCCUUGAAAAGUUGUUAAAAAGUGACGGCAGUUUUUCUAUGAACCCCUCUCUAUGAGACAUUAGGGAUCCUUCUGUAGGCACUGAGGCACAAAUUACGUACAAUAAAAGAUUGCUUUCUUUGUGAUGAUGGUACAAAUACCUGCAGAAAGACCCCGCAUUAGCCUCUCACACAGAUUUUCUUUGGGCUUUGACUCACGUUCCUUCCCAGAAAAUCGUCUGCAUGGGAAGCUAUCAAUACAUAAUAUUUCUGUGAUUUUUCAUUGUUAUCCACAGCUGGUCUGUAUGUGCAUAAAAUGGGUCUCCCUGUGGAACUUGUUUGUGCUGUCAAUGAGAAUGACAUUGUUCACCGUGCAAUCUCUACUGGAGUUUUCACCAUGUCAGAAGUGGUCCAGCAAACCUGGUCUACCGCCAUGGACAUUCAGGUAAUGUAAUCAUUAUUUUGUCUGUGAGUCUCAUGGAGCCAGAGUCCUUGUGAGAGGUUACCUCAGUGUAAGGACCUGUAAAAGAUUUACUUUUUUUGUUUCUUUUAUCACUCUUUUGUUUACUUUGUUUUACAUCUGUGUUGAAAGUUACAAGUUCUUACACUGAGGAUGAGCACCUUGCAAUGCGCGAGCAAAAGAGAGGUUGUUUUCCGCGCUAAGGUGUUUGCUCUUUUAUCUUUGCGAAAAGUGGGGUAGGACUGGGAAGUAGGAGCUCAGGAGAAAAGGGGAAAAAAUACGAGGCCUAGGUAAACAAACCUUAGUUUGGCCAUCAAUUAUUGUUUUUUUCACUCUGGCCAGAUUCGAAAAAGAACUCUGAAAAGGCGUGAAGUGGGAGUUCGAAAAGGGGUGGAAAGCGGGAGAAAUAGGGGGGAAUCAUGCAACGUUGCUUAGUAUUUCGUUUUUAAAAAAAACGGGCUAAAGAAAGAGAAAUCGAAGAAAAAAGGGGUGUGAGCCGGGUGUGCAAGGUACGGGAGGCGGGAGGUUUGGACCAGGGCCCCCUAUCCCCCCCCAUUACAGAAAAAUCUCCUAGCUCACUCUGUUCUUGUUUUUUCGCAUAUUUUUCUUUUCGUAGUUCUUUUCCGAGUGUUGUCAGGGUAAGAAUAAUCUCUGACCAUACUAAGGCCCCUUUCUCCUUUCAAUAGGCGUCUUCUUUCCGUGUUUUUUUUUGGCUGACUAUGUAAUGCAGCGUUUUUCCGUAGCCUGCAUCUGAUGUUUAUAUGUAUACCCUAAGUAGUUUUUGUGGGGGAAACGUUUACGCAGAAAAUCACUGAUAAAUGAUCACCAAUCGCAUCAAAUCUCGAGAAAUCGCAGAUUUUGUUGCAGCCCCUUCUACCACCUCUAACUCCUGAAUUUAAAAAUUUUAGCUAAUUCUGCGAUUUCUCCAAUUUUUCGCAAUUUUUAGAAAAAUCGCAAAAAUUGCAGAAAUCGUAGAUUUUAUUGGGCCCCCUUCGACCCCCUCUAACACUUGAAUUUUCCAGUGUCAACAAAAUCUGCGAUUUCUCCAAUUUUUUGCAAUUUUUGUAGCUGCGUGACAUAUCGCAAAAUUCGUGCUGGCCUGAAACAACGCCAAUUUUGCAGCAACAAAUCGUUUGAUAUUAGGGACCUUAAGCAACAACGUCGGCAACGGCUGCGAAAAUGUCACGUAAAAAGUGAAGUCGCGCUUCUUCAAACUUUAUCGCGCUUAUUCCAUUCCGCUCAAUUGGUCAAAUGUUGACAAUUUUUUUGUGGACUUGAAUUCUAAAAGACUGUAUCGAAGUUCAGGAAAAAGCAAAGAAAGUCUCUGUGUUGUGUUCACAUCCUCUACAAAACGUGAAAUUAAGUAUUUUCACGUCGUAGUCUUGCAGUGGCGACAAAGAAAUGUACCAAAAAGCGUGAUUCAUGCUGUUGUUUUGCCAAUCUAAUGCUAUUGCUUUUUUUGCCGUCCUCGUUGACGCCGCCGUCGUCGUUGCUUACGCACCCUGUUGCCACUAGUUUACACGCACGGUUUGAAAUUGCCUCUAAAACUGUGUAAAUGCACCUAUAACAGCGGACACAAAGACACCAUUACAUCUAAUUAGCCAAUCAGAAUUCAAUGCAAAUUACGAGAAGCGCGGGAAAAAGCAAGUGAGCGAGUCACGAUUAGCUUCAGUGUUAAAUCUCAUCGGUUAAAAACGUGACACAAAAUUUUUUCAGCCAACAACCAAGGUUUUUAUUUGGCAGCAGGCGCGCAAGGGUGGCCUUAAAUUUCUAAAUUGAUAACCAUUUUAAGUCUGUGUGUUGUUUUUUAUAGGUUCCGUAUAAUAUUGAACGCCUGUUGCUCCUCUUCUCUGAUAUGAACUACGCUCUAGUCGACUCCCUGAUGCAAGAAUUCGAGCAGAAUAAUUCUUUGAAAAUACCUGAAGAUUUGAGAAAGAAGGUAAGAAUUUUUAUGUACACCUCACAAAAAGGUUGCAAUCUUAUUUGUGCGUGUGUCCACUGGUUCGAAGUAACGUAAAAUCUGAAUAUACGCCCUUGUUUUAUGGUAAACCCACCUACUUCUUUGCUUCUCCAAUACACUAAAAUACUGACUUGAACCUUCGGCGGAGCUCCUUUUAAAACGAAGAAUACACAACUAACUCGCUGUCAUAAACUACGGUAGUAGCUGAGUUGAGUUGAGCAAAGUGGUUGACGAGAUGACAGUUAGCCUGGAAGCAGGCUCUCCAUUUGGAAGUUGCGAGAGUGAAAGGUCACACGCGAGCGAGUCGCGAACGAUUAGAUACUUUUUCACGCCCUCGCACCUCGCGUCGAUAGCUGCCACUCACUUUGGACUCUUCGCCUCCCGCGAUUACGCAAUGGAGAUCUUGCUUUUGAUAGACGACAGUAGAUGAGUUGACACCCGGGCGAAUGGACAGGUUUACUAACCCUUCAGUUACCUUUUCAUGGAGUUAUUUCCGAGUAUACGUGUGGUAAAGGGGGGAAUGUGCCACGUAAUGGGACACAACUCGACUUACUAAAGAAGCACAGUCAGAAUUCAGUUUCUGGUUUGACAACUCCGUAAGGCAUGGCUAGCUGGCCCUAACUGAAAGUCCUAAGGUGUUUUAAACAUUUUUUUCGCUUGCAAUGGAAUUGAUGGAAUCAAUUAUCCAUUAUUCUCUCUUGCUAUCACAGACUUACGACAUGUUCAAAUUUACUAUUCUUAUGUAUGAUUUUCAUUGCCCCCGUCAUGUAGAUGUUUGUUUACUUAUACCAAGUUUUUACAAACUCCUUCGACAUAGAAAUCAGUGAUCUUCACCGAAAAUUGUACACUAUGCCAAGUUGUGAUAACCUGUAGCUACAUUAACCAACGAUCAACAAUCAUCAUCGAAUCACGUUAUAACCUGUUACUCAAUCGAUAUGAGAUUCACAACAAAGUUCUCUAAAUAACGUCAGUGCUUUGUCGUAAUGUUCUUUGACUUGGUUGUAAUCUCCCACACUGUUGUACACUGAUGCCACGUUGUGUUCAAUAACUUGUUGCCACAUAGGUAAGAUCUUCACCAAAAAUCUUAUUGUGAAUCACAAUGCUUCAUCUUGGAAUUCUUUGGCUUGAUUGUUUUUUUCCAGGCAAUUGUACACUGAUGCCAAAUUGUCAUAACAUGUUGCUACAACAGCAUGAUCUUCACUGAAAUUUUUUUGCGAUCGUCACUGCUUUUUCGUGCAGUUCUUUGGCUUGAUUGUAUUCUCCCAGGCUAUUUUACACUGCAUGAUGCCAAGUUGUUAUAACUUGUUGCUACAUCGGCAUCGUUUUCACCGAACAUCGUCUGGCGGAUAAUCAGUGCUUUUUCGUGCAGUUCUUUGGCUUGAUUGUAUUCUCGCAGGCUAUGGUACACUGAUGCCAAGUUGUUAUAAUUUGAUGCUACAUCGGCAUGAUCUUCAUCGAAAUUAUUUUUUGCGGAUCAUCAGUGCUUUUUCGCGCAGUUCUUUGGCUUGAUUGUAUUCUCCCAGGCUAUGGUACACUGCUGCCAAGUUGUUAUAACUUUUUGCUACAUUGGCAUGAUUUUCACCGAAAAUCUUUUUGCGCAUCAUCAGUGCUUUUUCGUGAAGUUCUUUGGCUUGAUUGUAUUCUCCCAGGCUAUAGUACACUGAUGCCAAGUUGUUAUAGUCCGUUGCUACUUUGGCAUGAUUUUCACCGAAAAUCUUUUUUCGGAUCAUCAGUGCUUUUUCGUGCAGUUCUUUGGCUUGAUUGUAUUCUCCCAGCCUAUUGUACACUGAUGCCAAGUUGUUAUAACUUUUUGCUACAUUGGCAUGAUUUUCACCGAAAAUCUUUUUGCGGAUAAUCAGUGCUUUUUCGUGCAGUUCUUUGGCUUGAUUGUAUUCUCCCAGGCUAUGGUACACUGAUGCCAAGUUGUUAUAGUCCUUUGCUACAUCGGCGUGAUCUUCACCAAAAAUCUUUUUGCGGAUCGUCAGUGCUUUUUUGUGAAGUUCUUUGGCUUGAUUGUAUUCUCCCAGGCUAUGGUACACUGAUGCCAAGUUGUUAUAGUCCUUUGCUACAUCGGCAUAAUCUUCACCAAAAAUCUUUUUGCGGAUCGUCAGUGCUUUUUUGUGAAGUUCUUUGGCUUGAUUGUAUUCUCCCAGGCUAUGGUACACUGAUGCCAAGUUGUUAUAGUCCUUUGCUACAUCGGCAUGAUCUUCACCAAAAAUCUUUUUGCGGAUCAUCAGUGCUUUUUCGUGCAGUUCUUUGGCUUGAUUGUAUUCUCCCAGGCUAUUGUGCAAUGAUGCCAAGUUGUUAUAACUUUUUGCUACAUUGGCAUGAUUUUCACCGAAAAUCUUUUUGAGGAUAAUCAGUGCUUUUUCGUUGAGUUCUUUGGCUUGAUUGUAUUCUCCCAGGCUAUGGUACACUGAUGCCAAGUUGUUAUAGUCCUUUGCUACAUCGGCAUGAUCUUCACCAAAAAUCUUUUUGCGGAUCGUCAGUGCUUUUUUGUGAAGUUCUUUGGCUUGAUUGUAUUCUCCCAGGCUAUGGUACACUGAUGCCAAGUUGUUAUAGUCCGUUGCUACAUCGGCAUGAUCUUCACCAAAAAUCUUUUUGCGGAUCGUCAGUGCUUUUUUGUGAAGUUCUUUGGCUUGAUUGUAUUCUCCCAGGCUAUUGUGCAAUGAUGCCAAGUUGUUAUAACUUUUUGCUACAUUGGCAUGAUUUUCACCGAAAAUCUUUUUGAGGAUAAUCAGUGCUUUUUCGUUGAGUUCUUUGGCUUGAUUGUAUUCUCCCAGGCUAUGGUACACUGAUGCCAAGUUGUUAUAGUCCGUUGCUACAUCGGCAUUAUCUUCACCGAAAAUCUUUUUGUGCAUCAUCAGUGCUUUUUUGUGAAGUUCUUUGGCUUGAUUGUAUUCUCCCAGGCUAUGGUACACUGAUGCCAAGUUGUUAUAGACCGUUGCUACUUUGGCAUGAUUUUCACCGAAAAUCUUUUUUCGGAUCAUCAGUGCUUUUUCGUGCAGUUCUUUGGCUUGAUUGUAUUCUCCCAGGCUAUGGUACACUAAUGCUAAGUUGUUAUAAAUUGAUGCUGUAAUAUUAUUGUCAUGAUGUUCACCGAAAAUAUUUUUGCUCAUCAUCAGUGCAUUUUCGUUAAGUUCUUUGGCUUCAUUGUAUUCUCCCAGGCUACAGUACACUAAAGCCAAGUUGUUAUAACUUGUUGCUACAUCGGCAUGAUCUUCACCGAAAAUCUUUUUUUGGAUCAUCAGUGCUUUUUCUUGCAGUUCUCUUGCUUGAUUGUAUUCCCCCAGGCUAUUGUACACUAAUGCCAAGUUGUUAUAACUUGUUGCUACAGCUGUAUGAUCUUCAUCGAAAAUCUUUUUGCGUAUCAUCUGUGCUUUUUCGUUAAGUUCUUUGGCUUGAUUGUAUUCUCCCAGGCUAUAGUACACUCCUGCCAAGUUGUUAUAACUUGUUGCUACAUCGGCAUGAUCUUCAUCGAAAAUCUUCCUGUGGAUCAUCAGUGCUUUUUCGUGAAGUUCUUUGGCCUGACUGUAUUCUCCCAGGCUAUGGUACACUGAUGCCAAGUUGUCAUAACUUCUUGCUACAUCGGCAUGAUCUUCAUCGAAAAUCUUUUUGCGGAUCAUCAGUGCUUUUUCGUCAAGUUCUUUGGCCUGAUUGUAUUCUCCCAGGCUAUGGUACACACAUGCCAAGUUGUUAUAAAUUGAUGCUACGUUGGCAUGAUCUUCACCGAAAAUCUUUUUGGCAAUUAUCAGUGCUUUUUCGUGCAGUUCUUUGGCUUGAUUGUGUUCUCCCAGGCUAUAGUACACUGUUGCCAAGUUGGUAUAACACUUUGCCACAUCGCCAUGAUCUUCACCGAAAAUCUUUGUGUGGAUCAUCAGUGCUUUUUCGUGCAGUUCUUUGGCUUGAUUGUAUUCUCCAAGGCUGUCGUACACUGCACCACCUAUGUUGAAUAUAGUCGCUUUAAUUAACGCACCUGAGGAAGAUUCGUCUAUGUUCUCCAGUAGGUUGCAUGCUAAAUCGACCACUAUUUUUGCAAAGAAAAAAUAGGAGCCUUGUUUACAGACAAUGGCGAGAGCACGUAGCCAAUGAAUUACUGCAUCUAAUUCUACGAAGGGCGUAAACCUUUCGAUAAACGUGUGGUGAUCUAAACUACACCCUGACGUCAUGUGAUUAAUUAAAGAUUCGCAGUGGGGCCUUAGUUUUUUACGAAAUGUAUAAUUCUCGUCAUUUUCUUCAAGUUGGGACUCGAAAAUCUUUACCGCUUCUGCCAUGUUGUGAUCCCGCUCCCAUGAUUUUAGGUUAUUCUUAAACAUUUCGCCUCGUCUCAAAGCUUCAUGCACAACUUUAUGCAAGCGCAGGUAAGUACGUAGCUUAUUUUCUUUCUCGGAGUGAACGAGAAGCAAAGAAGACCUUACAAUCUUUGCCUUUAUUAACUCCUCUGGCUGGUCCUUUACGUGGACUUUGACGAACUUAGAAACAGUUUCGAGUGGGAGAUCGUCGUGAGCGCAAAGCGAGAGAAAAGAGUAUGCCUGACGAAGGACCUCGUCAUUUUCAACAGCUCUCUGGAUAGCCAUUUCUACAGCAGCCAUUGUUGUUUUAGCAUAGGCUGAACUGUCAUUUGCAAGGACAGUUUCAGUCAUAUUUCUUUGGCCGUAUGUUGAUAUGUCUUGGAGGUAUGCUCUCCAAUUAUAAUUUGAAGACCCACUGUUCACAACAGUUUGCAUGUAAUAGGCAGCAGCAGCCAAGGCCAGUGGCUGAAAAUCGAGAAGUUCAGCGAUGUUCUCAGCUUGGUCUUGCUCUGGCAUUUGCGAUACUGUUUCCAGCAGUUCUAUUGCCUCGUCCCUCCUCAUUCCUUUACUUAACGAUUCGUGAUAAGUGUGAGGAGCAUUUUGUGGAAUUGUAGCGCUAUCUUGAGUGGUAAUCAAUACUUGACCAUGGCCCCAUUCCUUACUGCCACUUUGAGGCAGUAAGCCGCGGACUAAGCGUAAGUCAAUCACAUUGUCUGCUAUUAACAACCAUUUUGUAAAAUUGUGAGCCUUCUGUACAAUUAAGCAUUUAAGCUGUUGAAUUGCAUCUUUAGGCUUCUCUCUUUUUAAAGGCUCUAAGCUUGUCAAGGCGUAUUCUGUGAUCCCUAGAUGUCUUCCAAGGGUGAAGUAAGAAUCAGCAAGUGUCUCAACGCUUUCUGUGUUUAGUGUCGCAACGAAGAUUAGAUCUUCAUCGUUGUCCUUUUGUUCAGAAAAGAACUGUUGUCCGAUUUCCCGGGCAAGUUGACUCUUACCACAUCCCGGAUUUCCUGACAAAUACACAGUACUAACUGCUCCAUUAGCACCACUGUAAAGUUCCUCCAUUUUGUUUGUGAUUCUUUCAAUGUCUUGCGAACGCCUGAUGAUCUCAUGUGGUGGGCGUGAUGUAAGAAUGCAAAACGGGUGAAGUUUCGCACUUAUUUCCUGGGUGAGAGCCUUGUUUUCCUCUUUUGCAGAACCAAGAUCCGCUUCUGUACUCUGAAGUCUGCUUUCCUUUACUUGUAAGUUAGAUUUUGUCUGAUCUAACUCAGCUUGGAGACCACGAGCUUGCUUCUUAAUUUUUUCCAGUUCGUCCGUUGGAAAGGACGUCUGCUUCUUUAUCUCCUGGAUCUCGGUUAUAGGAAGACCAAGGGAUGUAAAAGCGUUCAACACUUUAUCGACAGAAGUUUGGAAGUCGGCAUCUGUAACCUUAGCCUCUGUGAUAUGAGCGAUCUCGUUUCGCACCUGACGAAUAUGAUCGACAUCAUUAUAGACAGCCGGACUUAAGGUGGUACCAAUGCUGUCUGAGUAGAGGAUGGCAAAAAACAAACAGGUACAGUCCCACUCUGCCUUGUCACCAUUCUGGAUAGUGGCUAGACAACGGCCAUUCCUCUUGUGACUUGCUUUAGAUUCAUUUUUGUAGAAAUCACUCCCAUUCUGUGGCGUAUCGUGCCAUUCUCCAAGUGGAGUCGUCUGGUAACGAAAAUCCCAUUCGUUUUUGAAAAUUUUCCGCAGUCCUACUGGAACCAGAUUAAAAGCAACGUAGCAGAGCCUGAAGUAAUUAAGCUGCUCCUGACAGUAUUCCAUCACCAACGUUUAAUCCUGUAAGAGAUGGUAUAAUAAGCUUGUUGAUCUACACAUUGAAAAUGUCGAGAAUCUCCUCUCCGCUGAUGAACACAGGAAUCCCACUUAGGCACAAAAGUAGUAUACGCCACUGGCACAUUUCCCAUAAUGCACCUCAUUUGCCUACCAAAAUUUUGCAUAACCUUUGUUUUUCAUUUCUCCUGGGUAUUGCAGCCGUCCCAAGACAAAUUGAAAACAAUGCUUAUGCAAUUUUUUUUUUUUUUUUGGGGCAGCAAAUAAGGUGAAUUAUGGGAAAUGGGGAAUCUCAUGUAAGAUCGAUUAUUAGGGCCUUUUUUAAAGAUCCAACGACGCGACGGCAACGAGUACUUACUUUGUUAAAUGAAGGGACCAUUUCCAAGAAAAGAGUAACAAAAUUUUGUCGUUUAAGUCGUUGCUUGUUUACGUUCUCCAUAAAACGCAAAAUGAGGUAUUUUGACGUCGUAGUCGUGCAAAAACGGCGAAGAAAUGUACGAAAAAGUGUGAUGCACUUGCAAAUAGUUGGUGUGCUUGUUAAACCUAUUGUUUUUUGACGUUUUCAUCGUCGCGUCGUUGGUAGGGAGCCUCGGCAUCGACGACGGCGAUCGGCGACAGCAUCGAAACGUUACUUUAAAAAGAAAUUCGCCUUUUUUCAAACUUUCUCAAAUUUAUUUCAGUUAGCUGAAAAUGUCAAAUGUAGGCGAAUUUCCAUGAUGGAGUUUAUUUCUUAGGGACUGCGCUUAAGGUUAGGGAGAGAACAAAGCAAUUCGUCGAGGCCUGUGUACUUCCUCUCCAUAAAACGUGAAGUUAGGCAUUUUCACGUCGUAAUCGUUCAGUGAAGGCAAAGAAAUGUACAAAAGUGUGAUGCACGUGCAAAGUUGUUGCUGUGCUAAUUAAACCAAUUGCAUUUUUGCCGUUCUCAUUACUGUCACCUUCGUCGUUGCUAGAGCUCCCUAAUACUAUGGAAACACGCAACGCCUUAAUAAUUAACAGUGUUCAGUUUUUAGCGGAGACGACCGAAACAACCAAAAACGCAACUGAGCAUGCCUCUUGCAGCCCAGUAAUAAUAGGGACUUUAUAGGUGAUGUUACACGGGACUUUUCGCAACGACGAUUUUUAGCACAACACAGCGUUGCAAUGUUGGAACAGUGUUGUAACUAUUCGAAGCAAUGUCGCAACAAUGUUUCAACGCUGUGUGGAACUAAAAAUCGUUGUUGCGAAUCGUCCCGUGUAACGAGACGACAACGAGAACGUCUUGAAGCUGUAGUUUGAAUAGGCAAAACAACAACUCUGCACGUGCAUCACGCUUUUUUGUUCAUUUCUUUAUCGUCACUGCACGACUACGACGGGAAAAUGCCUAAUUUCACGUUUUAUGGAGGGCGUAAACAAUCGACGGCUAAGUUUUCUUUCUCUUUCUGUACCUGAAUGUGGUGUAAAGGAAUUCGGCUCAACCCAAGAGUUUACUUGCAUCUGACAAAAUAAAUGAGUUGGAGUAAACGCGAUAGAGAUUGAAAGAACGCAAAUUCACUUUUUAAGCGAACGUUUCGUGGCCGCGCCGUCGUGGUAUCUUAAACUCCCUAGUCAGUACAACAAACACAACUUCCUCCAUUGCCAAAGACAUGGUUCGUGACCCACAAUGUACCUCAAUGUCCCCGGACUGGGCGCAUUUAUUGUUGCAUCUGUGUGUGUUUUUAUGUGUGUUGCAGGGCGAUGGACUAACGUUUGAACCUGAUCUUUAUAUAGAGAGACACUAUCUUUGGGUUAUUUCGUAUGCUAAUGAGCAAUAAAGUGAACGUAGACGUCAGCCAAUUUUUGCUUAUGAUUACGCUAUUUUCAGACCGAAAACUGCUUUUAAAGUUGUUUUUUUUUUCAAAUUUAUUAAAAGAAAUGAGUUGUUAGUAUCUUUUAAAGUUGUAAAGGUUAUUUUCUUGCUUUAAAAAGUAGGAAAUUUUAAUUAUUAUAAUUUUUUUGUUAGGUUUUUUCCCUUUUAUUAUAUCCAUUGUAAAUAACUGGUAAUCCCUGCAAUCUGAUUGGCUCUCAGCAGUGUGAUUUAUUCAUGAAUCAUAAUGUUUUUUGCUCUAAGUUACAUCUCUUCUAAAUCGCACCAUUUUUGCUUCAUUUCUGUUUUGACUACAAAAUGAGAUGCAAAAGCCACUUUUCAACAAACUGGCGACGAGAUCAAUAAAAUAUUGGUACUGACCGAGUUGUGCGAUUUCAAAAUGCGUCACAGAGAGUGACCACGUUCUUGCAAUGAAGCUAAACAGUCGGCGACUGUUCAAACGAGGAUAUUGUAGCUCGUGGCUUUGUGCAACGGCAAAAUCUCAUUUAAAUUUAGGACUACGAUUUCUUUAAAAAAAGUUUAUUCAGUACCUUUUAAAUACUAUUUAUCCCCAAUGUUGUUCUUGUCGUCUUAUUCUUCGGUGAUCAAAACCCCGGGACAUCAGUACUUGUCAAAGAUUAGCCCGAUAGCCUCAACAUUGAAAUUGUGAGGCUGGAAAUGCUUGAUUCCAAUUUCCCACUCACGAUUGUCUUCAGGACUUGUACAAUUCUGUCUGUAAGAAAUAUGCCUGGCUAUGCCCCUGGUAAUGACAAAGAUGUAGGUUUAAGCAUAGGUAAUGAGGCCUGUCCCGAUUGUGCUCGUAAAAUGCUGCAAUGUUGCUCCAAAAAGUUGCUGAAAGAUUGCCCAAGAUCCAAAUUUGCCACCUAAAUCUCUUUCUGUCUCUUGAUAUUUUUAUAUAAGCGUGAAUUAAUAGCGUUACGUUUCGUUCUUCACAUUAAAAUUGCUAACAUCGGUCAAGAAAAAUAGUUUGAAAACGUAGUUUUAAAGCUAAGCAAUUAUUCAUGGGACAAUAAUUAUAAAACGUUGUAUAUGAAUUAUUCUUUUUCUCUCUAUAAUUUAGCGAAAUGUGCAUUAAAUUUUCCAUUUAAAGCUUACUUUUAGUAUUUUCUUGUGUUUAUUUGUGUACUGACUGUGUUUCAGGCGCCGAGAGCCCGUGAACUAAGCUGAUUUUAAAUUAUUCAUACGUCAAAAAAUUGAUGUUGUAUGCGAAAUAUUAUUUGCUCUACAAAUGAGCAAAAUGUGCCUUGAAUUUCGCUUUUAAGCUUACAGUUUUUCGUUUUAUUUUGUCUAUUUAUGUGGUGACUGCGUUUCAGGCCUCUCUGGCUCUUUUUAGGCCUGCGAAUUGUUGUCAAGAAAUUCGCUUACAUUGAAGUUUUCUUUGAAAUCGUUGAAUUUUUUUGCUUCAAAAAUUUCUCAGAAAGUCAAAACUUGCUUGGGGUUGCUAUAAUUGCAAAAAGGCGCUUCAACCGCCAAAAGUUGUUCUUACGUUGCCGAGCACAAACCGAAAAACGUGUACGCGAUGAUUAUGAUUCCGAUUACGAUCGGCUAUGUUAACAAAUCCCAUCUUGCUCAAAACUCUUGAGAGCUACGACAUAAGGGACUUGAAUGAUAUUUUUUUGGUUGAAUAACAGUAGUUAAAUUACUCACCUCGUCGAAACGAAUCCGCGAAAAGUGGAAUUAUUAAAACCUGGGGUGGCAUGCAUGAACAAGCGGAAGCGCUCGAAACUCGUCGAAACUGAAAGCGGAUUAUAAUAUUCGUUAUGAAAUAGGGUGAAUCACAUGACCAUUGUCAUUGACGUAAUACGUUUUUAAAGUCACGCUACGUACCUGUAGUGUAAUAGAACAGUCACGCUAUUUGUUUCAACACCUCUAGACUUUUUCAAGUAAGUGUUUUAAACCAUAAAAGCAGGAGCCGAUAAAAGACAUGAAAGUAACGCAUGCAUUUGAAAGAAACAAAAAUGGAAAAAAAAAUUAAUAGACAAAACAAAUCAUGAAAAAUCGUAAGCCAUACCAGAUAUACCAUGUAAUCACAGCAAUGAACGUAACAAUUCUAAUUAAUAUGGACGUAGGAGGGCCCUGAUAUCCACAAGUACAUCCUCCAAACUGGGUGCGCCCUAUGGUAGACUACAGGGGGAUGCUCCACCCGAGAGAGAUAUUUUUUGGAGGGGAAAGCGACUGCAAGAGCUUUCAGCAAGGAUUUCGUAGCUUAAAACAAAUGUACUAGCAAAUGCCUAUCCAAAAUAUGGAGUUUUCAAAUGUGGAAUCCUUGCCAUUCUGUUACUAAAAAAAUGUGCAAUAAAAUCUCGCUGAUUUCCGUGUGGGACAUAGUGCCCAUUACUCAUAGCACUUCGGCAGUUAUGCUAUGUGUAGGGUAAAUGUUUAAAAUUAUUAUCAGAAGUAUAUACACAUUUAAAACUGACACUAUUCCAGCAGCGUUAGCGUAGCCCCGCGGAGAAACCGAAGUUAAAUCUCUCGCCUAAAACUGCCUUUCCUAGGAAGGUGAGGGUAUUUCAAUGCAUGGCAAUGCUAUAGGUAUUUAAAACUUGGGUUUAAUUUUUGUUUUUCACGCGGUCUCCGGGAUGUUUCGUGGAUGACAACUCGUCGACAUAUCUUCAACCCACAGUCGAAGCCACGGAAGGCGAAACCGCGAGAAAAAAAUCCCUGGUUUCCAGGGUAGUCACGAUAUCCGCGCGGAUCACUAUCAAGACUUGACAUGGAAGGUCUAUGGCAACCAGGGUAUUUCCCGAUAGAACUAAGUAAGUUUUUUGACGAAAUUUAUCUUUACUUUUUGUCCUUUCAUUCCUGCAGAUGUCCAAGGUUAUCUCCUCGGCUUCUGUGUCAUGUGACCAGACACUGCAAACCAUGAAGGAAUGUUGGGAUGAGAACCAGUACCUGCUCUGCCCGCACACGGCUGUUGGUGUUUCGGUGGCCUGGGACAAAAGGUAAAAAAAUGGGUGGAGAAAUGGAUAGAGAUGGGUCUAAUCACCAAAUGAGGUAAUACAAAUGAUUACAAAGACAGUGAACAACGCCCACACCACAGCAAAAUGAUUUUUUCAUUCUCAAGCAAAUAAAACCAUGAGCCCAUUAUCCGGAGCGAGGAAAUCCUAUGCUGGGCCUAUGUCACGGCGUUUUUACGAACCAGUUUAUUUUUAGAUAAAUUUUGGGGCACUUUUUCCGGCGAAAAUAGAAUUUCCACUAUGUCUAUGAGCGCAUUCGAAGUAUAUGAUAUCAAAAAGGAAAACUAAACGUUAUUAAAAGGCAAAAAUAUCAUUUGUUAGGUCUGCAGGUUUUGCUAACGCGCCAUACCCGUUCUAAAAAUGCAGUGGUCCGUGAAAACGCCGUUGCAGGAGCGCAUGGAAGUUACUCGCUCUGGGUUAUGGGCUCCUGAUAAAACUCAUUUUCAGCAAGAAUAGUUUUGUAUUUGUCCUCGUUUAGAAACCGAGGGUUUUGGAACUGGGAAAUGAAGUUUUGGGUAAGCAAGUUUUUAGCACCCGUGCGCGUAGUCGUCACUGUCGUCGUGUUGUCUUUGCUAAAUCUGCCAAAGUCAUUUUGCCAGCACAGUUUCCCCUGCUUAUUGAAGCGUAUAUUAGGCUUUUUGUAAUAAGCUGAGGUCGCAUUCAGCGACAGGACAAUGACGUCACGGUUUCCACGUCACGGUAGGCUAAUUUAGCAAAAAAACGGGAACGUCAGUUGACGAUGGCGCGCACAAAUCAAAAAGCUGGCUUGAGCAAUAGCAGAGCGACAAAUUGGGCACCGGAAGUCGAGUUUAGUCCUUUCCGCGCACUUUUCCGUCAUCAAGUGACGUUCCCAUUCUGUUGCUUAAUCAGCCUUACAAUUGUGACAAGUGAACGUCACAUUACGAGAUCUAAAUUCUCUGUUUUGUGAGUACAUCGCUGCAGCCAUCGAACCUAUAUACAAGAGAUUUCGAUGAUGAUUAAAAAGUCCAAAAAAUCGCGCAUAUAUAACGUAGUAAGAUUGCAUCUGAAUGGAUAAAAGGCAACAGUUUCUGUUAGGUCGGGUAGCGACCAAAUCGAAACAAUCAAAAGAAUCGUAAUAUUUACAUUAAGAGGUACAUUAGUUGGAUAUUUUCGUGUUCUUCCUCUUUUUCGGUUUUUUUCGCUUUUUGUGAAUCAACUUGGCGACCUCUAUUUUUUGAGCCUGCUGUCCACUCAGCGGCACAUGGGGUAGGCGCAUUAAAGUCCGAUCCCGCGGGCUGUGGCCAGAUUACAAACAACGCUUUGUUUUAUUCUCAGGCAUCUCUCUGAGCUCAAGACACCCACCGUUUGCAUGGCAACGGCCAGUCCUGCCAAGUUCCCUGAAGCAGUGAAGGCUGCCGAUAUAGAAAUGCCAAUGAGUCCUCAGCUGGCUCAGUUGCUUACCAGGCCCACCCGGUAUAAAGAAAUGAAAGCAGGGGAGGACUGGGACCAGAUGUUGAGGGCCACAAUCGAUGAGAUCUCCAAGAAACGUUCCAAACCUUAAACAUUUUCUUCUGCAUAAGGCGUGACUAUGCAAACUUGUUUAGAGUGUUAGAGGUCAGAUGAAAAUUUCUGCAUGUCAACUACGGCCUCUCUGCAAGUGAAUCCCAAAACGGCCUUCACAAUAAUUUACUUGAAAUGUUUUUAGGAUUCUUUUGAACAACAACGUAAACUAUCUGUAAUUUAAUAUUUCAGCAGUUUUUUUAUAAAAGUCGUGGGAAAAAGUAUUUUUUCACAGUUUUCAUUGUAUAGUGUACCUGCAAGUGUUGUCUUCUUUUUACUCUCACUUCUUAUUCUACAUAAUUUGCGGUGCAGUCGUGAGAUUUUAACCUUCUUAUAAUUUUUGAUCGUUUAGCCUGUAAGUACAAGGCUGGGACAUCAAUCCCAGUUCAAGACAAAAGUCGGAACAAGUGAGAGUUUCUUUUGUACUCAAAGGCUUGUAGUGACCUUAAACCUAAACUUGCAUACAAAUUUUAACUAAACAUAGGUGUAUAUAAAUUUUCCUCUCUUUUUUUAUUAACCCUUCCACUGCCAGAGUGCUUAAUGGAGUUUUGUGUCUGCGGACGAAAUCCUAUAGUGUGACCGCUCAAAUGAAAGCUACUGGGCAGUGCAUUCCUGUGGUACUGUUUAUUAUGUUGUGCAAG